AUAUUUGGCCUCCUGCAGCCACAUGACUCGUGUCUUCUUCUACGGCACCCUGAAGAAAGGGCAGCCAAACUACUAUCGUAUCCUUAAGGGCACCAAUGGAACAGCUGAGUUCCUCGGAUCAGCCCUCACCACUGAGAAAUACCCACUAGUGAUCGCUGGCAAGUACAACGUCCCUUUUCUCCUCAACAUCCCCGGCCAGGGUCAGCGAGUCCAUGGAGAGAUCUAUAAAGUGGAUGAUAAGAUGCUGAAGUUCCUGGAUGACUUUGAACGUGCUCCUACUGUAUACCAGCGGACUCUGGUCCGACUGGAGGUGAAGGAGUGGGUGGGCCAGACAGAGGGAGAGGAGACGCUGUCAUUGGGAGACAUCACAGAGGCGUUUGUGUACACCAAGAAUACGUACGAGCCAGACUGGCCCUCACUGCCUAACUAUGAGAGUUAUGAUGCAAAUGGAGAUCAUGGACUCCAGUAUGUGGCUAGAGAAGCACGGGACUGAUCUGCUUCCGUAUAUUGUUAAUGGAGCGAACAGAGGAUGUCUGAAGUCAGUACCACAACAUUUAAAAAUAGAAAAGGUACCGAUUACAGCUUUGUGUAAUACCCCAGUUCUUUUAUUGGAC